ACUUAAUCAUACUAGUAAUUCUCCUAAUUACUUUCAUCUAUAUGACUUUCUUCUUGUACUUCUGGCUUGUGGUUGAGAAUGAUUCAAAUGAUUUUAAUUGGAAUUUUACAGUAGAAUUUAAACUGAAACAUGUACCAUGGUAUACAAUAAUGCUGUCCUUAACAGGGGUUGCAUUUGUGUAUCUUGCAAUUUUAGUGGGUCUAUCAAUAUAUUACAUUUAUGUGGGACAGCAAUUAUAUAUACAUCCAUUCCAUGUAGCGAUAAUAAUCUUCAGUCUUUUGAAUUGCAUUGGCUUCACAAUUGCUUUGGAUAUUCUCUGGACAUAUGAGUGGGUAGUGCUGAGACUAUCACUUCUAAUCUUUGGUCCAUUUAUUCAUAUUGGUCUGAUUGUAAUCUUUACUAUUCUCUCUUGGAUUCUGAUAAGACAGUGGUACAGCUUAGAUCAAUUCCGUUUGAAAAUAAUAACUGCAGUGGCAUACAUGGCAAUUCUUAUUGGUCUCUAUACCAUUCCACUGUUUAUUGAUUCUCCAUGUGUCCGACCAGCAGAUAGUUUGCCUUCCAAACCAAGAUUAUUUGCCCACCGAGGUGCAUCAACAAUUGCACCUGAGAAUACUUUAGUUGCAUUCCAAAGAGCUGCUAACGAAAGUGUCUAUGGAUUUGAGUCAGAUGUACAAAUAAGUUUAGAUGGAAUUCCAUUUAUUUUACAUGACAAAACAUUACGACGAACAACCAAUAUUGAAGAAGUAUAUCCCUACCGAGUGGACGAUGAUGCUUCUACGUUUACAUUUGCUGAAUUGCGGAAACUCAAUGCUGGAAGAUGGUUUUUGGAGGAAGAUCCAAUGGAUGUUGUUGGAUCUCUUACUGACAAAGCAAAGCAAAUCUACAAUAACCAAACCAUUAUGUCUUUGAAAGAAUUGAUUGACUUAGUACACUUGACAGGAAAAAGAAUUUUAAUCGAUAUACGAUACCCAGUCAGGACAAAUCGUUAUUACACUGCAGUUGAGGACAGAGUUAUAGAUGUGAUUGAGGAAACUGGAAUUCCUCUUAAACAGAUUUGGUGGUUUACCGGAUUCUCAGAUUUAGACUAUACCAGGAGAUUUACACAAACCUGGAGAUUUUAUGUACCAGCUAAAUAUCUCGUAAAAAUGGAUGUCUUUAAUUUCAAUGCUAGAUACGAUACACUUAGUGAAGAUGAAAUCCUAGAAUAUAUUGAAUCCAACGUCACUAUUAAUGUCUACUUGGUUAAUACAUACUGGCUGUUUUCCCUGUAUUGGUGUCUGGGUGUGCAAACUGUAGCCACAGAUAGAUGUCACAUCCUCAAUAAAAUUGAAAAACCAUUAUGGCAUUUGACUCCAGAAACAUAUCUUAUGACAUGGGUUUCAGUUGAUAUAAUAUCUGCUAUCAUCAUCAUCACCAUACUUAUAGUACAAUGGGUCCGGUUAUUGAGAGCACACUUCACUCCAGAGACAAUUUCAUUACAUUCUCAACAGUCAAUGACUACCCUUACAGACCAGUAUCAUUCUAAUUCAAGAACUAUGAAAGAAAAACUAUUAUUUACUGCCGACCAACUCGAAGAAGACGUUCUGGAAACAACAGAAGGUGUUUCUAAUGACCAUAUUGAUUCUCCAACCCCUCAUUACAUGAAUACAGCUGCCAAUACUAUUGUCAUCAGUGUUCCCCAGUAGAUACAAGUUUACUGAAAACAUUGAGACAAUUCAAAAGAUUCAUAGAAUUCCAAACCAAAUUCCAUUUGUUAUACUUCAUUCCAGAAAAAUAUGGAAAUUAUAAAAAAAAAAAGAAAAUAUAUAUAUAUUUUAUAAACGACUCUUUGUGAUGGGAUUUUGGCACUUUUAUUUAUUUUUUUUAAUAUCUCAGAAAUCAAUCUUUGGCUCUAUGUUAAUGUGUUUUAUUCUGUAAAUAUGUAAGAUAUCUCCUUUUUUUUAAUGGCUUAGUCAAAGGACAAAGAGCAGUGCCCAUGGCCUUUCUCAGGGCCUCUAAGAUUGAUGGGAGGAAGUGAGGAUAUUAUCCUCAGAUUAGAGACCUGGUUUCAAAGCUCGCAACAGAACUGAUUCUGUUAAAAGCACCCAAGGACCAGGUGGGGGUGUUAAACCAGGUGAUGGUAUAAGUUCACCACUCAAUAAAUGCCUUAUGCAUGUUU